AAAGAACUAUUCCAACACUUGCCACCAUUCUACCAUUACUUCUCACCAUCUUUCCACUUUCCUUUUCUUCUUCAUUAAUCAAUUACUCUCAACUUUAAAAAUAUAUACUUCAACCCGCUGUAAACAAGAUUCACAAAACUGAAAUAUCUCUAAAUCUAUCCAAAUCAUCUCUUUUUGGUAUACGUAAUUACUAGCUAUGGCAGGAACAAGUGGCUAUUAUCCUCCUCAGAUGGCUAUGCCUAUGCCAGCAGCAAAUCAGCAGGUUGCAAUUAUAAGUCCACAGUUUUGUGCACCGUAUCCAGUUGAUUUGAACGUUGUGAGGAAACUGAUGACUUUGUCUGAAGGUGCUUUCGGAGUUACCGAUGUCAACGGCAACAUCGUAUUUAAGGUUAAAGGGAAGCUGUUUAGCCUUCGUGAUCGACGAGUUUUGCUUGAUGCUUCUGGCAACCCUCUCGUCACUUUCCAACAAAAGAUGUUGAGUGCCCACAGGAGAUGGCAAGUCUACAGAGGAGAGAGCACAGACUCAAAAGAUUUCCUUUUUAGUGUAAAGAAGUCUUCACUUCUUCAGUUCAAAACCAAGUUGGAUGUAUUCUUGGCACAUAACACAAAAGAAGAUGUUUGUGAUUUCAGAAUUGAAGGCAGUUGGUUGGAAAGAUCAUGUGUUAUUUAUGCAGGAAAUACUAAUACCAUAAUUGCUCAAAUGCACAGGAAACACACUGCUCAAAGUCUACUGCUUGGGAAAGACAAUUUUGGGGUCACAGUGUAUCCCAAUGUGGAUUACGCGUUCGUAGUUGCUCUUGUCGUGAUUCUGGAGGAGAUAAAUGAGGAUCGAUCGGGUGAAGACUAAGAUUAUCACGAGCGUUAGCAGUGUCUGGUGUAUAUUUUGUGUGAGCCGUCUUGGCUGUAAUUAUGACUUGAUAAGGUGUAAAGCCAUUUUGUUUGGAAGCUUUUUAGGCAGAUAAAUUACAAACUGUUAUAGUACUUUUUCUCUAACUUCUGCCAGAAAGACUACAGAUUGUAAUAUUUCGUGGUUGCAAGGUGCUCAGAGCUGCAUUUUGUUAUGUAAUAAUGCAUAUCAAGUAACUUUUUCGGUUUCGAUUUAUGUGACACACUUUGUUUUUUAGUUUAUUCCAAAAAAUGUACUGUAAUAUUAUUAUGA